AUGGCACCGCAAACUAUGUCUAGAACACACCUCGCACCCCCGUCCCUUCGUAAGGAGACUGAAGAUUGGGAAGAAUGGGAGGAUGACGACGUUACUACACCGAUCGAUCCAGUACAACAAGUUCAGAUGGAAACUCAGGCUGCUACCCCUGGCUCUAAAUCAUACAACCGAGGAUCAAGACAGUCAGUGGUCAAAGUCAAGAGAUUAAAAUCACGACAUCGCCAAAAGGCUCAAAAUGCCAAGGCUGGGAUCAAGCUGAUCACCGACAUGGCCACUCUGGGACGCCAGAACCGGGGUACAGUAUGGACACCGGAUAGCAGGCCUCCCAAGUUCGUUGAUGCUGCUGCUUUGAGAGCAUUGGAGGGUGAACCAACCUCGGCGUCGGUUGGAAAUUGGAACUGGUUCAAGAAGGACAAGGGAAGAAGUCCACAAUCAGCAGCCCCUCCUGCUUCAGCCCUGACUCUGGGCAAUGGCGUCUCUCCAGACGGCCAACACAUCAUGAUUGGUCUUUCCAUUGACCAGAAUGAUCAGCAGAUGUAUGCAAACAAUAACAAUAACAGCACGAAUACAACAACCCAAACACCCGAUAUUCGCGGCCCAUCCUCAGGCAUGACCCCGACAGAGGGGUUGAUCUCUGUCUGGUCCCCAGAUACCCCAACUCCAGACACCACCUCCUCUCACACUUUCCGUGCAGUGUCAAGUGUGUAUUCGCAGGUCCCGAACCAGGCCCGCAUGGUGCCAACAGUUGAUCCUGAAGCGCCUCCGGUUCCUGUUCUUCCGAAGAGUUAUAAGCACACGUCUGUGCAAAGGGUGAAGAGCAUGGAGGCUACCCCAAACACUCCUGAAGACGAUGAUGCCGGAACCCCUUGCACCCUCUUUGAGGAGGACGCAAGCCCAGUUCCAAAGAAACAAGCCGCUCAGCAGAAAUCACCCAUCCUUACCCUGAAAGCUUACACUUCAACACUCACCCCGGAUAGCGCCGCUUCAAAAUCCCGUGGCUGGUGGGAUCAUGUCGUCACUCCAUUCAUGGAUAGCAAGAGAUUUACCUUCUCGAGCCAGAUGAUGAAGUCCGACUCCCCUAGGUUCGAUUCCCCUUCCGAACAUAGCCCCAGUCCACCCGUCAGGGAGAUGGAUAUGGACGAGAAGCGAAUCAUCUCGGACUUUCUAGCUGUGCCUGUUCCUCCCGCUGGCAAGCCACCCAGCAUCAAGGUGCCAACUCCCAGGCGAAGCCCAUCACCCCGCCUGGUCGACACCCGAGAUGAGAGUACUGGCGAAUCUUCAACCCAAACAAGCCCCGUCACUGCUGAUAGCGCGUUGGGCUCCGUUCAGAAGGCUCUGUUCGACUCGCCAAAUCCCAGUUUUGUCGACCAGCCACCCCCCUAUUCGCCUCCUAAGAAGAACGCACCAGCACCAAUUAGAUACCGGGCUGUUUUCCCACCUGGCCACUUUCUUCAUGCUCAGUUUCCGCCAUCCCCGAGACCCCAGACUCCCGGGUCGGCGGGUCUCGGAGCUACAAUGACCUCGCAGAGCGCCACCCCAAUGUUAGACGUCCCCAUCACGCCAACAGUGCCACGGGACAUGCCGGAAGCCCCUUCGAUGCCCUUGCCAAACCGACCUGCAGGAACAUUUGUUCCUCAGGAGCACUCUCUGGGAGCUACUGGUUCGGAAAAUAAGGUUGAGCGCCAGCGUCGCCGUCAUGAGAAAGAGGAGGUGGUAGCCAGGCGUGUUGGUGGAUGCUGGAGAGGACGGGGCUGCGUACCUAAGAACGGGUGCUUUGGCCGAACAGGCGCAGAGGGCCGUAAGAGACGCAGGACAUGGCUCGGCGUCAUUGUUGCUGCUAUACUCGCUCUCAUCCUCAUCAUUGUGCUCUCAGUGAUGCUCACUCGCCCUCACAGCCAAGAGGUCCAUUCGAUUUGGGUCAACCUCACAGACUUCCCACCAAUGCCGACCGGUGUCCUGACUUUUGAGGGGCCUGAUAACACGGUUUCCAGGAGUGGCUGCACUGAGCCUUCUACGCUCUGGAGUUGCUCGCUGCCCAAAGAACAGCAUGAUUCAGUUUCUCCUUACAAGCCAAACCAGCCCACAAUCAUCAUGCAAAUCCAAUGGGACAAUAGCACCCAGAAGUCCUGGAACGUUCCCAACGGCGAUGCCCCCAAAUCAGUUGCAAGGAGAGCUUUGGGAGGCCCGGCUCAUGCGGCCAGCGUGCUCCGGACACGAGAGACGAACAAGUUCACCCCUAGCCCCGAAGCUCCUGACUACAAGGAAAUGUGGUUUUUGGGCGAAACCACGGACAAUGUUACUGCCACAGAGAAGGCCGGGGAACCCGCGCCUUUCUAUAUCAGUAUCCUGGAUGACGCGAGCAAGCCAGUAGAAAACCCAGUGCUUAGCAAAAGGCAGACAACAAUCGGCGAUGGAAAUUUCAUCAAGAAUUACAUCUCGGCACCUGACCUGCUCGAGGAUGGCACUCCCGCUCCGGCGGUAUUGUUUCCCAAACCUGUCCAGCAGCCCGUGAGACUGUAUGACAGAGGGCUUUCUACUGAACGCUAUGCGUUUUACACAUACUUUAAGAGGACCAUCUACCUCAAAUCUACCGCAGCGAACAACAGAACCGAAGAACCCGUCCCUCUUGACGAAGAUGGAGGGUGCGCCAAGACAGAAGCCAACUACUUGGCCACUUGGUCGCAGACGCGUAUGCUCGUGCAGAUCUGGACAAAGCGAUUGGACCAAAACAACGUCAAACUACUGGGCAAUGGCACCCGCAGCAGCAACGAGGGCUCGGAUGGCCUCAGUCGUCCUGGCACAAUGCCAUAUCCUGUCACCGUCACAUUGGAUACACAUGGUGGAAACCGUACAGAGAAAUUCGUGUGGAUGUGGCCCAUGGAUGCGAGACAAAAACUCGACACAGACAGCCCGAAGCUGAUGAGCAACAACCUCGAUUAUGCAGGGACUGUCAUUAAUCAUAGAAGCGGAGGAGACGCAGCCCUAGGUGGCUUCGAUGGAGGAUCUGGCGGAUGCAAGUGUGAGUGGAAAAAUUGGAAUUCAUAG